GUCCAAUCCAAAAGGCCAUUCGACACCUUGGUUGGCUGGGAGAAUCAUCAUGGCGCCGGUGCCAAACCCGCGCAAGCCGACGGCCAAGAUCCCGGCGGCGACGAAGCUUGAGAUCCUCGAGCGUCACAGCAGCGGCGAGCGCGUGCGUGAUCUCGCUCUCGAGUACGGCGUGCACCACACAUCAAUCGUCUCGUGGGCGGCGCGCAUCGACAAGAUCCGAGCCGUCGCCGCCCGCGGGCCGGCUGCCAAGACAGCUUUUGUGCCCAUCACGAUCGCCACCAAGGUCGACGCCAUUGCGCGCGUACAGCGUGGCGAGCGCAUCCUCACCGUGGCGCAAUCGAUCAGCGCAGCCUCGAGCGCCGUCAAGUCGUGGGUCCGCGACGCGCCCCGGAUCCGUGCUGUCGCCACGGCCGCCGGCCUCGACGUAGCGCAGUCCCAGCCAAGCAAUAAUGCGGUCGCGCCCAUGCGUCCGAUGAAGCGCGGCCGCGACGAGGCCGAGACAAAGGCGGACCCGCACGGCCGGUCGCUGGCCUCUUUCUACAACGAUGGCCACGAGGCGUCUGCGAUGAACGACACCGAAGCCAACGUCAAGUUCUCGUACAGCGCGCUGUCUGCGCCCUUGUCGCCCGCGUGGGACUCGUCGCCGCCCUCGACGCUGCAGCGAUCCCAGCGAACUACUGGCUCCAACGACCUCAUGACGGCAUACAACGACCACACGUUUGACGAAGCCGGCAUCAAAUCGGACUGCUUCUUGGACUCGCGCGUGCUGGACGAGGCUCUCGAUGCUGUGGACGACGACGACGACGACGAGAAGGCGACGAUCGGCGCCCACUCGCACGCGCGCCGGCACCACUGGCUCGCGUACAAGGCCGCGCAGCGUCGGUGCGACUGCCCGCGCUGUGUCUAUGCGCGCUUCGACCCGCACUGCGUCGCAGCGCCAGUGAUGUACGCGUGCAAAGCCCGCGGCUGCAACGAGGCUUUUCUCACGCAAGGCGCGCUCGUGUCCCACCAGCUCACGGUCCAUCGCAGCGUGUACCCGAUCUCGAAACGGUCGCACAUGGACUGUCUCGAGACGCAGCAAGAGUGCAAGGCCGCGCCGCCGCCGACUGUCUACAUCUUCUUGCAGUACGACCACCCGACACUACCGCCGAUCCAGAACGUCAAUAUCAUGGCCGAGCACUGGCGCGUCCAGGCGCGCUGCGGCGGGAUCCAAAAUCUUCGACCGCAUGAGAUCCGCCCGCGAAAGCGCAGUCGCCACGUCGGCGUCGCCCGCACCGCCAAGAUGGAGCACGCGCUCUACAACGUGUUUCUGGAGGCGUGCAGCCGGUGGCAGUGGGGCGGCAACGACGAGCGCCAAGCACAGUACGAGGAAGCGUACGCCUUUUACGCGCGGUGCGUGCUCACCAAACACCACACACCGACGAACGCUCCGUCGUUCAACCUCGUGGGCCAAGGGCGCAACUGGCUACGACCCGGCAACGACUUAUUUUAAUGCAAUCCACAACAGAGCGAUUGAACAAUUGACGCGUUUUAGCAUUUAGCUGCCCACGAGUCGAGUCGCCCCACUGCAGCUGCGAUAACGUCGAAAGCAUGAGUUCGUGCUACCGCUG